CGCCUCCUUCGCAACAUCGCAACUCUCUUUCACACACACUGCCUAUCACUUUCAACAUGUCUUCAUUUGAUGCCCUGCUCCCCUUCUAUCCCGACAUCGGAGCACCAUCCGCGACUUACUCCACUGCAGGGCUGGAACCGCUAUCUUACGAACUGGACCCAAACGGCGAUGGCAAGAGCGUGAAGAACCACCCUCGCCCAGACGGUGUGCUCAGUCCAUUCUACGAGAAGAUAUGGCAUGGCGACGACGGCAAUGCAAACUCGAAAGCUUGGGUCGAUUUCCACAUCUAUCAUCAGCCCAACAAUCCCAAUCAUGUCAAAUACGCUCACAAGCUGUAUGAGGCUGUCCGCCGCGAAUUUCCAGAGCUGAGGAUGUACCGGUUCUUUGACAAGCCCCUGGGCCCGCACCCGAUACCCAUGUUUGAGGUGAACGUGUUCACGCCAACCCAGCUGGGCGCUCUCUUUACAUGGCUCAUGGCGAACAGAGGCCCAUGCAGCGUCCUUAUCCAUCCGAAUACCGGUGACGACGUUGGGGAUCAUACGGAGAGGGCGACGUGGAUGGGUGAACGGGUCCCUCUGGAUGUUGAUUUACUACGUGCAGUGGAUGCUAUGCGAGCCCAGGAGGGAUCCACGUGAACUUGUGAUGCACAUUCAUACUGCAAGAUAACCAGGUCUAAGUAGGAUGGGCUUGAUUAGUCGCUGGGCGUUCCCCAGUGGAUUAAGCGAGGUCUCGACACUACUAAAGGAAAGGUACGACCUGCUGAGGUCGCUGGGUCACCUGAAUGAACCUCGAAGGUCUAUGUUCAGAUAUUAGACAUUGAAGUGAUGACAGCAGCCUGCCCAGCCGAGUUUCCGGGUGCCAUUAUGUGCUCGCUACCACCAGCUGACGACGAGGCGAUUUGCUUAGCAACCUGGCUGUCAAGGCCGGCUGCACCCAUGGCCUCGAGAUUCAUGGGCACUGUUGGAUUAGUGACUUCGUUUUCAGAGACAGAGGAGACGUACCGAAGAUGACCUUUGAACCAGCGCUGCGUGACAUGGACUGAAGGGCCUCUAGCUGGCGGAUCUGCAUAGCGGCAGGCGAGGCAAGAAUAUCGGCCGCUUGACGCAUAAGCUUAGCGGCGUCGAC